AUGGCGUUCGCUUCGGCCGGCCUGCCGCCGCCGGCGCUCAACGCUGCACCGCUGCCGAGGACGCGGCGCGCGGCCGCGACGGCGCGCAAGCGAGCGGCCAACGAUGGUCAGACGAUCGGCGUCAAGCGCCGCCUCAACAGCGAGCUCGAGAGCGCGCGCAUGGACGUCGACGACGCCAAAGAAGGAGACACCAGAGUCGUGGACGCCACACAGAUGGCCGCUGAGGCGGCCGCCGGCGCCGACCGCGGCACGAAGUGCCUGCUGCACGUCGCGCUCGCGGCGCGCGACGGCACGCACAUCCCGGACAUCCAGAACACGACGGCGCUCGUCACCGAGGUGCGCCAACUGAUCAAGAAGACGCCAGGCGGCGAGGCGCAGCCGGCGAGGAGCGCGAUCAGCGUGCCCGUCAUCGGCACGUCGCGGGCAAUCUGCGUCGCCUUCAACGGCGAGAGCGAGGCACGAGCCUUCCUCGAGCACUACGCCGGCGGUGGCGUCCUACAGCUCCCAGCUCCAGACGACAUCACCAUCACCUUCGUCGCUCUCGACGCCUCCGAGUGGGGCAAGCAGGCGGAGGCGCGCGAGACCCAGGCGACCACGGACAUCGAGCACUUCGCCCCUCUCUUCGAGAAGCAUUUCGGCAACGUUGUCUCCAUCCAGGAGGGAUAUCACUCCUUCCUGGGCACCAAGUCCGACGAGAAGGACGGCUCCAUUCUCUUCAAGAACGAGAACCUCGCCUGCAACCUCCCGGUCCUGCCCAACGUCUACGCGAGCGGCGAUGUCGUCGGACCUCUCCGCCUCGAUGUCGGGCGCGCAGUAGCGGCGAACGUCGCCAAGAAGAAGACCUUCCAGAGCGUCAUCGUCGACAACAAGGUCGAGGUCGCGCGCGCGGCGGGCAAGGUCAAGGCGAUGGCGGCGCGCGACGGGCUUGGCUACUGCCCAAACUUCAACCAGACCGCCCUCCCGUGCAAGACCAGCGCUCGCUGCCGCUACGCGCCGUGCAUCAACUUUGAGGCGCUCCUCCACACCGCCUUCAAAAGGACACAGUCUACGAGCGCAUGCCGAGCGCGGUCAGGUUGGGCACGAGCCGCGGGCGGCGCGCAGACCGGCGCGGCGGACGGCGAGGUCAAGAGCAACAAGAAGAACUGGGCGAGCGUCGCUCGCGGAGCCGCCCGCUCCCCCUACUACGACGGCGGCCCACGCCUCGAGUCCAACGAGCCCUCGCUCUACGAGGGGAGCGACGAGGAGGCCUAG